GAGUUGAUGACUUCAUUCCCAUUCUAUUGGCACUGCCCUGCGUUUCCCGUUCCAUUGAGCUGAGAUACAAUGCACUGGAUUUCACUCACUCAGGCUGUGUCUUCUGCCUUUUCUUCCAUCCCGGCACUGAUCGCACACAUCCUAUAUCCAUCUACCGUAGUAUACAAUUGAAUUGCCCUUCUCAAGUCCAACGCCUGCAACCGUCAAAGAUGGAGUCUGCGAGCGAUAAGGAUUGGGCUUCCAAAUACCUUCUCGACCCUCUGAAUGCCCCCGAGCCGUCGCAAGAAGAUGGACCAGGUAACACAUUCCGGCCCGGUGCCACAAGUUCCUCGGCUCAGACGCCGCCGUCGUCAAAGACCACGCCGAACCGGCGACUGUCGAAGACGAACCCAUACCGCAAGGACUCUCCAACCACCACCACAACGGAGAUUCGACGAAGCGUCUCGAUGCACAGCAAGACCAAUGGCCACGGGGGCAAGGAUCAUUCGCGCACGUCGUCUGCUGCAUCACCGACGAUGCGUCAGUCUCCACAGUCACAAUCGCAACCGCAUUCCCCUCGGUCUCCCAGUCAUCGACAAGAAGCAUUUGGCGGCGACAGCACGCCCACCGGAAGCGGGCGGCGCCGGGGAAGUUCACUGUCUGAGCGGUACCCUGGUGAUAAGUCUCACCGGCCGUUGGAUCUCCUGAUGAAGGAAAAGGCCACCGCAGACCGUGCGCGCCAUGCAACCAAAAAGCAUCAUAUCCCCCCGGAUAUCAUCGACAACCUUGACCACAGCGGAGGUGCCGCAUGGCAUCAUGGAGGUCCAUAUGAUGCCACGCUGUAUGCGCGGAAUAACUCGUCCAACCCAAUCAGCUCGCCCGUUGCCGCAGUCGCCGAGUCCAAUGCUGAAACACUCAAGGCCACGCCGAAGGAGAAAAUCAUUGACAGCGUUGUGCGCCAUCGACCACUCGAUGGCGUGGCCGUCUAUCCACCGGGAUCGCAGGAUCCCAUGGGCAACAAGUACAGUUACGAGGAAGGCGACAACAUGAUGAUCGCCGCUGACCCCGAAGGUGGUGCCUACAAGCGGUGGCCGGGCAUUCAGUAUGAUCCCGAAGAUGUCAAAGGCAAAGGCGAACCCAGCUAUAGUAUCGAAAAGGCUCUGAAGGAACACCACAUCAGCGACGACACGGCUGGUAACGAAGGCAUCGAGAUGAAGACUCGGCAUCGCAGCAGCGGCAGCGGCAACAUCCCCGUCGAAGGUGACUGGGAGGAUGGCGAAGGAAAUGUGAGACGGAGUGGCAGCAUCAAGAGGCUUAGUGGUGGGCUGAAGAAGAGGUUUGGUAGUAUCAAGAGAAGAAGCCACCAUGCAGAAUAAGCAAUGUGUCCAGCUCCCAACGAGACGAAGGGAAAACGGCUAUGGAUCGUGGCCUUGUAAUUUUGAGUAUAAGGGUUCUCUGGGAAGGCACACGUUUGGAUAAUAGAACUCGGUCAUGGCGGCGGUAUAGCACAGAACACGCACAACAGACGAAGCUGGGGGCCCAGGAAGUACUACUUCUAUUCAAGUUGGUGUAAAAACAGGAAUUCAAUGAUAAUGUUGCUCUUGAUAAACUAUGUCUGGUUUUAUAUCCUCUAUGGAGGCAAGGCUUAGGGGCUACGAUCAC